GUUCGAGGAGAUGAACAGGUGUUUAUAAUUCUCUCCCUGCCACUGUUAUAAGAAGAGGAGUGGGGGAACAAAGUCGCCUGGAAGAUUAUUAGGGUUUCUGCAUACACACUUUUCCGGAGAUGUCUUCGUUUGGGACAAAUGGCGCUGAGGAAUCCCUGCCUCCGCCACCACCUGCUAUCCCAUCAGAUGUAGUGCCUAUCAAAAUGGAGCCGGAGAAAAAGAAGGUCCUGAGGCUUCCAAUAGCCAGGCGUGGCCUUGCUUCUAAAGGGAUGAAGUUGCGACUUCUUACUAAUCACUUCAGAGUAAAUGUUGGAAACACUGACGGUCACUUUUUUCAGUAUAGUGUAUCUCUUUCUUAUGAAGAUGGACGCCCUGUAGAGGGUAAGGGUGUGGGGAGAAAGGUCCUUGACAGGGUUCAGGAGACAUACAAUUCUGAAUUAAACGGGAAGGAUUUUGCCUAUGAUGGCGAGAAGACACUUUUUACCCUUGGCUCUCUUGCCCGUAAUCGUCUUGAGUUUACUGUUGUUCUUGAGGAUGUUGUCUCUGCUGGCAGAAAUAAUGGAAAUGCCAGCCCUGAUGGACAUGGAGAAAUCAAUGAGAACGACAAGAAGAGAAUGAGGCGUCCAAAUAGAGCGAAAACUUUUAAAGUUGAGAUUAAUUUUGCUUCAAAGAUUCCACUGCAAGCCAUUGUCAAUGCUCUCCGUGGACAGGAAUCUGAUAACUAUCAGGAAGCAAUAAGAGUUCUUGAUAUCAUUCUGAGGCAGCACGCUGCUAAACAAGGCUGUUUGCUUGUGCGCCAGUCGUUCUUCCAUAAUGAUCCGAAGAAUUUUGCUGAUGUAGGAGGAGGUGUUCUUGGCUGUCGGGGAUUCCAUUCUAGUUUUAGAACCACCCAGAGUGGCUUGUCACUUAACAUAGAUGUCUCAACCACAAUGAUAGUUACCCCUGGGCCUGUGGUGGACUUCCUCAUUUCCAAUCAGAAUGUAAAAGAUCCGUUUUCUCUGGACUGGGUAAAGGCCAAGAGAACACUGAAAAAUUUGAGGAUUAAAGCAAGUCCAUCCAAUAAAGAGUAUAAAAUUACUGGGCUUAGUGACCUCCCGUGCAAAGACCAACUGUUUACAUUAAAGAGAAAGGGUGGAGUUGAUGGUGAUGACACUGAGGAGGUGACCGUGUAUGAUUAUUUUGUUAAUCGUCGAAACAUUGAUCUCCGCUACUCAGGUGAUCUACCAUGUAUUAAUGUUGGAAAGCCGAAGCGGCCAACAUAUAUUCCCCUUGAGCUUUGCUCUUUGGUAUCCCUUCAACGCUAUACCAAAGCUCUAACCACACUCCAAAGAUCCUCAUUGGUGGAGAAAUCUAGGCAGAAGCCUCCAGAGAGGAUGAGAGUGUUGACAGAUGCUUUGAGUCGAAGCAAUUAUGGUUCUGAACCUAUGCUUCGUAAUUGUGGUAUUUCUAUCAACUCUGGCUUUACUGAAGUUGAAGGUCGUGUUUUACAAGCUCCAAGGUUAAAGUUUGGAAAUGGGGAGGAUUUCAAUCCAAGAAAUGGGAGGUGGAACUUCAAUCAAAAGAAAUUAGUUAGGCCUGUAAAAAUUGAAAAAUGGGCUGUCGUUAACUUUUCUGCCCGAUGUGAUGUACGAGGACUUGUUAGGGAUCUCAUCAAGUGCGGUCAAAUGAAAGGAAUUGCUAUUGAACAACCUUUUGACGUCUUUGAAGAAGAUUUUCGCAAUAAACGAUCCCCACCUUUGGUUAGAGUCGAGAAAAUGCUUGAGUUUGUACAAUCUAAACUUCCAGGGCCUCCACAAUUUCUUCUUUGUCUACUUCCUGAAAGGAAAAAUUCUGAACUAUAUGGUCCAUGGAAGAAGAGGAAUCUUGCUGAUUUUGGGAUUGUUACACAGUGUAUAGCGCCUCAAAGGGUCAAUGAUCAAUAUUUGACCAAUGUUUUGCUGAAAAUCAAUGCCAAGCUUGGUGGCUUGAAUUCUAUUUUAGGAGCUGAACAUGCUCCUUCUAUCCCAGUUGUUUCCAGAGCCCCCACCAUUGUUAUUGGCAUGGACGUGUCUCAUGGCUCCCCAGGGCAAACUGAUAUUCCUUCUAUUGCAGCGGUGGUUAGCUCUCUGGAGUGGCCUCUAAUAUCAAAGUAUAGAGCAUGUGUCCGAACCCAGUCUCCGAAGGUUGAAAUGAUUGACAAUUUGUUUAAGAAAGUCUCCGAUGGGGUGGACGAAGGCAUAAUUAGGGAGUUACUUCUUGACUUCUACAGAAGUUCUGGGAAUAAAAAGCCUGACAAUAUAAUCAUAUUCAGGGAUGGAGUCAGUGAGUCCCAGUUCAAUCAAGUUUUAAACAUCGAGCUCGAUCAAAUUAUAGAGGCUUGCAAGUUUUUAGAUGAGAAGUGGAAUCCCAAGUUUUUGGUUAUUGUGGCUCAAAAGAACCACCAUACUAAAUUCUUUCAAGCAGAUGCUCCCGACAAUGUUCCUCCUGGAACUGUGAUUGAUAACAAAAUUUGUCAUCCUCGGAAUUAUGACUUUUACAUGUGUGCACAUGCUGGAAUGAUUGGUACUAGUAGGCCUACACAUUAUCAUGUUCUGUUAGAUGAGAUUGGGUUUUCAGCUGAUGAUCUGCAGGAACUUGUGCACUCGUUAUCAUACGUGUAUCAGAGGAGCACCACUGCCAUAUCUGUUGUUGCUCCAAUCUGCUAUGCUCACUUGGCUGCUACUCAGAUGGGGCAGUUUAUGAAAUUUGAGGAAAGAUCGGAGACAGCUUCUAGUCAUAGUGGUGCUCACCCUGUCCCUCAGUUGCCUAGAUUGAAUGAUAAUGUCUCUAGCUCUAUGUUCUUUUGCUGAGGAAAUCCUAAUGCUGCCUUAUAAAGGAAACACCGAUGAACUUUUAUGCUGUUUAGUUGACUAUAACUGGGAAGACAAUUGGACUAGACUUGGCGCACGGCUGCGCAGUAGGUUUUUGAAAGAUUAUUGCACAUGUUAAAGCAUUUUGCUCUUGCGUUUACAUGUGUUUAAUCUUUUACUAUGUCUAUUAUAAUCAAGUACUUCCACCCAUUUUAAUGAUAGCUUGUUAAUAUCUUAGUAUUCGAAUGUGCACUAUGGAAGGCCCGUGGUUUAUUGGAAAAUAUCCUUGGUUUUUCAGAAGGUUCAUAUGAAAGCAUUUUGGUGUCCUA